CAUGGCUGCGCACCCGGCCAGACCACGGGCUCCCGAGCCCGGGCCCCGCCACUCCGUGCGUCCGGCCCCGCCGCCGGGGGUCCCUGCGUCGCGCCCGUAGUGAGCCCUUCCAGCCAGCUCGAGCCUGCCUGGGCGGCCGUUGUGCGGGCAGUUCCGCCGGGGGGUGCCGGGUCGGAGCGAGCGACAGCGGCGUCUUCGGAGACGCUGCCAGCGAGGCCCGGGACGGGGCUGCAAUCUCUUUUAUGAUGGAGGGAAGCCGGCAGACGCGAGUGUCUCGGCCAUACAAGAUCAGUGAAUCUUCAAAGGUGUACCGCUGGGCCGACCACUCGACCACGGUGCUGCAGCGGCUGAAUGAGCAGCGCCUCCGAGGCCUCUUCUGCGACGUCAUCCUGGUGGCGGACGAGCAGCGUGUGCCGGCCCACCGCAACCUGCUGGCCGUGUGCAGCGACUACUUCAACUCCAUGUUCACAAUUGGCAUGCGCGAGGCCUUCCAGAAGGAGGUGGAGCUGAUUGGUGCUUCCUACAUCGGGCUCAAGGCUGUGGUAGACUUCCUCUAUGGUGGUGAGCUGGCGCUGGACGGCGGCAACAUCGACUACAUCCUGGAGACGGCCCACCUGCUGCAGAUUUGGACGGUAGUGGACUUCUGCUGCGAGUAUCUGGAGCAGGAGGUGAGCGAGGACAAUUACCUGUACCUGCAGGAGCUGGCCUCCAUCUACAGCCUCAAGCGGCUGGAUGCCUUCAUUGAUGGCUUCAUCCUUAGUCACUUCGGCACGCUGUCCUUCACGCCUGACUUCCUGCAGAACAUCUCCAUGCAGAAGCUGUGCGUCUACCUGGGCAGCAGCGAGGUGCAGCGGGAAUGUGAGCACGACCUGCUGCAGGCUGCCCUGCAGUGGCUGACGCAGCAGCCGGAGCGCGAGGCCCACGCCUACCAGGUGCUGGAGAACAUCCACUUCCCACUCAUCCCCAAGAAUGACCUGCUGCACCGUGUUAAGCCAGCUGUGUGCUCACUGCUGCCCCGGGAGGCCAACUGCGAGGGCUUCAUCGAGGAGGCCGUGCGCUACCACAACAGCCUGGCAGCCCAGCCCGUCAUGCAGACCAAGCGCACUGCCCUCCGCACCAAUGAGGAGCGCCUGCUGUUUGUGGGCGGCGAGGUCUCCGAGCGGUGUCUGGAGCUCAGUGAUGACACCUGCUACCUGGACGCCCAGAGUGAGCAGUGGGUCAAGGAGACACCCCUGCCAGCCAGGCGGAGCCACCACUGUGUCGCUGUGCUGGGGGGAUUCAUCUUCAUCGCUGGUGGCAGCUUCUCGCGGGACAACGGAGGGGAUGCGGCCUCCAACCUUCUUUAUAGGUAUGACCCCCGCUGUAAACAGUGGAUCAAGGUGGCCUCCAUGAACCAGCGCCGCGUGGAUUUCUACCUUGCCUCCAUUGAAGACAUGCUGGUGGCUGUUGGCGGCCGGAAUGAGAACGGAGCUCUCUCUUCGGUUGAGACCUACAGUCCCAAGACUGACUCCUGGUCCUACGUGGCUGGCCUGCCAAGGUUCACGUACGGCCACGCGGGCACCAUCUACAAAGACUUCGUGUACAUCUCGGGGGGUCACGACUACCAGAUCGGCCCCUACCGCAAGAACCUGCUGUGCUACGACCACCGGACAGACGUGUGGGAGGAGCGGCGGCCCAUGACCACAGCGCGUGGCUGGCACAGCAUGUGCAGCCUGGAGGACAGCAUCUACUCCAUCGGCGGCAGUGACGACAGCAUCGAGUCCAUGGAGCGCUUCGAUGUGCUAGGUGUGGAGGCUUACAGCCCACAGUGCAACCAGUGGACACGCGUGGCGCCGCUACUGCAUGCCAAUAGCGAGUCAGGCGUGGCUGUGUGGCAGGGCCGCAUCUACAUCCUGGGCGGCUACAGCUGGGAGAACACGGCCUUCUCCAAGACGGUGCAGGUGUACGACCCUGAGAAGGACAAGUGGAGCCGGGGCACCGACCUGCCUAAGGCCAUCGCUGGCGUGUCCGCCUGCGUGUGUGCACUGAAGCCGCGGCUGGAGGACAAGAAGAAGAAGGGCAAGGGCAAGAGACCCCAGGACCGUGGCCAGUGAACCCGCCCCUCCCAGAGACCAGCAGUACCUGGGUCAAGUCCUGGACCGUGAUGUACAACUUUGCAGCUUUUUUUACUUUUAUGAUUCUUGGCAUUUCUACAGUAUCACAGUAACUGAUUAAAUAUUCUAUAUAAUUUA